AUAAGAAGUGCUGAGUAUAUCAUAUUGAGUUUCUGCAUUACUUCCUGUCAAUUUCAUUCAAUGACUGAAUAUUCUCCAAUUAACAGACCUUCAAAUCCAAACAACGAUGAAAAUUUUCAUGAAGAGUAUCCAAACAUAUGCAACACUUUAAGACAAUGUCCAGGAAAAUGUUGUAGUGAAAAGGCAUUGAAAAGUCGCCUUCCGAUUCUUGAGUGGCUUCCAAAGUACAGCACAUCAACAUUUUUUUGUGACAUUGUUGCGGGAAUAUCUGUGGGAUUGACAGUCAUCCCUCAAGGAAUCGCUUAUGGAAUUGUUGCCGGCUUACCUCCACAGUAUGGCUUAUAUAGCAGUUUUAUGGGAUGCUUUGUCUACACAAUUUUCGGCAGUUGUAAGGAUGUAUCGAUUGGACCUACAGCUAUCAUGUCAUUGAUGAUUUAUCCUUUUGUGGCUAAUUAUAGUUUAGAUUUUGCAAUUCUUGCAAACUUCCUGUGUGGCUGUGUCAUCCUUAUUCUGGGAGCACUAAAUUUAGGAUUUUUGAUUCAAUUUAUUAGUUCACCGACAAUCAUUGCAUUUACAGCAGCUGCAUCAAUAAUCAUCGGAAGUAGUCAAGUAAAGCCAUUGUUAGGAAUCAAAAGUGGCUCAGGAAGUGAAUUUGUACAAGUGUGGAAAAAUGUGUUUACCCAUCUCCAUGAAAUCAGAUACACAGACGCACUCUUUGGAUUAUUUUCGCUAGUUCUUCUGCUUUUGAUGAAAAAGCCCAAGUGCUUCUCAAGAUGGCCAUUACUCAGCAAAUAUUUGUCGUUGUCACGAAACGCAAUUGUUGUAAUUAUUGGUAUCAUUACUGCUUAUGUUUUCUACUUGAAUGGACAAGAACCAUUUAGACUUACUGGAGAUAUUAAGAAGGGUUUACCAGAUAUUGUAAUUCCACCAUUUAGCACUGAACUAAUUGGAAAACAUUACAACUUUCUUGAAAUGGUUGAAGUUUAUGGAUUGUCGCUGAUUACAAUUCCACUUGUGUCAAUCCUUGAAAUCAUUGCUAUAUCCAAGGCGUUCUCAAAGGGCAAAGUUGUGGAUGCUACUCAACAAAUGGUUGCUUUAGGCCUCUGCAACAUCGCAUCUUGUUUUUUUCAAUCAGUUCCUGUAACUGGGUCAUUUACAAGAACAGCAGUGAAUCACAAUUCAGGGGUAAAGACUACAUUUGGAGGUGUCAUUACUGGAAUCAUUGUCCUGCUAGCAUUAGGUUUACUUACCGGGACAUUCUACUUUAUUCCAAAAACAACUUUAGCUGCUGUAGUCAUAGCCGCAAUGAUUUCAAUGAUUGAAACCCACGAAAUACUUGAAAUUUACAGAACAAAAAGAAUGGACAUUAUUCCAUUUAUUGUCACAUUUGGAAUAAGUUUAUGGCUUGGACUUGAAUUUGGAAUUGUGGCAGGUGUUCUUGCUAACAUGAUUUUAAUUCUUUACAUGACAUCACGUCCGCGAAUCGAUUAUGAAACCGUACAGAUUAAUCACAUGAAUGUACUUGUUGUCAAUUUUGACCAAAGUUUGAACUACUUAUCAGCUGAAUAUUUUAAAACUUCAGUCGAGAGAAAGGUUAUUACAGAAUUUUCAAAUGUACAGCAUGUUUUCAUCAAUGGAAUGUCAAUUAACUACACUGUUGAUGUUACAGUCGUUAAAAAUCUAGUGGCAUUGGUUGAGGACUUAAAGGUAUGCAAUAAGAAUGUAUACUUUUGGAACUGGAGAAAGGAUGCAUUCCACUUAGUCAUUAGAUAUAAGCGAGGGCUUUAUGAUCUGUUUAAAUUUGGAAGCUCACUUGAUGAUAUUUUAAUGCAAAUAAUCAAACAAAGUGAGGAACAACGGCAACAUAAUGAAGAACAACAACAACUUGCUGACGUUACAACAGAUUCUUAAAGUAUUUAUGGUAUAAGUACAUAAAGUUUGGAAUCCUAUUAAGCGCAAAAAAUAAUUUUUCUAUGUAUUGGCUAGUCUUAUACCAAAAUGAUCAAAUAAACAUAUCAGACUCUUUGACUUUACUUAAA